AUGAGCGCAUACGACAAGCGAUUUAAUUUCGAGUGUGAGGUUGUGCAGGAGGCGAUCGGAGAGGCGAUCUUGCUGCGGCCGCACGGGUGGCAGGGCGGUGGCCGCGCCGGGACGGGCAAUCCAGAUACGGCCGCUGCCCCGCUCUUCGAGGGACAGAGCAGACUGUCCAAAAAGGGUGCCGCAUUCGAAGGCGCCGUGCUGCUGUCCGAGGCGACAUCGAGGACUCCCGAGGGAGACCCGGCUAUGCACCCCUCCAACUCCGAGAACUUGACAUCCUGCAUGGCCGACCUCAUGCUCACCCCCUGCACAAUCGGGCCACCGAACGACACCGCCUGUCGGGGCCAUGCCGCGGAGACCAAGCUGGAGCUGAUACCCCUGGAGGGCCACGGUUGCGGCCUCUCGGUGGCCUGUGCGCCUCGGUGUGCCUUGCCGCCGGGUGCCGACACGCAAGAUCAGGCCGCCGGUCGCGGCGGCCAGACGGCCGCCUUCCUGGACUUGGAGCUGGGGGGCACGAGCAUGUUCUACGAGGACGGCGCGGUGCAGACGGACGGCCUGUUUGGCGAGGAAGAGCUGAGGGAGCCGGACUUCGACGGCGCCCUGCCGUCGCUGCUGUCCGCCGACGCCGUCGCCGACCAGUGGCCGGGCUCCCUGCGCGACCAGCGCGACCUGGCGUGCUCCGCGCCCGCCCGCCCCUCCUCCCUGCUCUUCUCCAAGUCGCUGGAGUCCGCCUACGGCGGCGGGGAGAGGGCCUGCGCGGCGGCCGACCCGUGGGGCGGCGUUGAGUGGGUGCCCGCGGAAAUCGUGUCCGCGCCGCUGGGCAUGGCGGCCUUCUUCAGCGCGCCGGACAUGGCGACCUCCGGCGGCGAGCUGUUCCAGAUCGACGGCCUUGAUGUGAGGGAAGAGGACGGCGACGCCCCGCCCCCGGGCGCAGAGCAAGGCGCCCUGGCGUGGAUGCCCAAAUCGAUGCCAGAGGCCCCGGGCUUCGUGCCAUCUGAAUGCGCGUCCGCCGGAAGGCAGGAGGGCAUGCGGCUGCUUGGAGAAUGCGGGCAGAUUGAGGAUGGUGGGGACGGCGGGGGGCCGGGGAUGGCUGAGCGGGUCAAGGAGGAGCCGGCCCACGGGCGGCAGGGGCCCGUGGCGCCCGAGGGGGCCACCAACGGCCGGGGGUGUCGGCGGCGCGUGCAUCCGGUGUCCAAGUUCAUCGGCGAGGAGGUGUGCUGGACGCCCGACGACAACGACUGCAGCGACGGGAAUGUGGGGCGGGAGAGGGUGCGGCGCGGAAAGGGCGCCGGCAGGUCUGGCGCGCGGCCCUACAGGAGCCGGGCCAGGGCCUUCGGGCGGCGGAGCAGCUGGGAGGGCGGGAACGCGUGCGGGGUGGACGCCGUCAACAAGAGGAGAAAGCAGCACAAUCCAUGGUCGCUUGAAGAAACCAGGACCCUUGUGAAGGGUGUGGAGAUCUGUGGUGGUGGCAAGUGGGCAGAUAUUAAACGCCUUGGCUUUCGAGAAAUCGGUGGUCGGAGUCCAGUUGAUCUGAAGGACAAGUGGCGAAACUUGUUGCGAGUAGCGCUGCUCCCUUUGGAGCAGAUAAAGUUGAAGAAGGCGGACAACCGCCAUAAUCUCCCGAUGGAGCUGCUGCAUCGUGUUAAAGAGUUGGCCCAAAAUGCAGAUAAGUCACCAAGGACGGCACAGAUGCUGUCAGGUAGGCGCUAG